CUGCGCUUCAACACUGUCUCCAAGAGCUCCACCGGGACUAAAUAAAAACCCGUCACGGGACGACAUGCAAUGCGGUCGCUCGGGAGGCAGAACUGAUCUCGCGCGAACCCGAACGCGGUAGGCAGAGCGGCGGAGAGGCGAACCGGUGCGGUCGGUUGUGUUCCGCCGUGUUUCCACAUUCUAGAAGACGAAGAAGAUAUCGAUUUAUUGUUAUUAUUAUCUCUCUCUCUAUAUAUAUAUAUAUUAUUUGUUGACGUCUCACCUAACUGGACUGACUUCCCCACGAGGUUCCACUCUUGAAGAACAACGUGUUUAUGGAUCGCUGCGCAGCGAGGCUCACCGGGAGUUGUAGGCUUCGCUCUCCUUCUGCAUCGAUCAUGUUGAUACCUCGCUGCUGCUGUGAACUUUGGUAGCUGUUUGCACACCGAGCCGCAGUGUAGCGCACCGAUCCGCGUUAUAAACAAAAUACACGACCAACACACGCAGCUUGACCCCUGCAGAGGAAGCGGGAAGCGCCUUUUUUUCUUCUUCUUCUCGCCCUCCUCUUGUUUUCCUCUCCCCAAGAGGUCGGGACGGAUCUCUACCUAUCUCACUCUCUCUCUUCCUUCUGUGAUUUUUUAAAAACAAAGACCAAAGUGUUUGGGGAUAGCAUGGCAAUGGUAGUAAACCAGUGGCCAGAGAACAUUUCUGCAGAUCCGGGGUCCCAGCUCCAGAUAUGCGGCCAGGAGCCCGGCGGGGCGCCGGGAACCCCCAACGGCUCCACCCCGGGGAACGACGCACUUUCCGGGGACAAGAUCCCCAACGUGGACUGCAUGGUGUGCGGGGACAAGUCCAGUGGGAAACAUUACGGCCAGUUCACCUGCGAGGGAUGCAAAAGCUUCUUUAAGCGCUCGGUGAGGCGGAACCUCUCGUACACCUGCCGGGGGAACCGGGACUGUCCCAUCGACCAGCACCACCGGAACCAGUGCCAGUACUGCCGGCUGAAGAAGUGCCUCAAAGUCGGCAUGCGAAGAGAGGGUAAGACCAUAGCUGUUCAACGAGGACGCACAUCGAACUCCCAGAGCAGCCCGGGCCAGUACCUGACCAACGGCACCGACCCGUACAACGGCCAGCCCUACCUGUCCGGCUUCAUCUCCCUGCUGCUGCGCGCCGAGCCCUACCCCACGUCCCGCUACGGGGCCCAGUGCAUGCAGGGAAACAACCUGAUGGGCAUCGAGAACAUCUGCGAGCUGGCCGCCCGGCUGCUGUUCAGCGCCGUGGAGUGGGCCAAGAACAUUCCCUUCUUCCCCGAUCUGCAGCUCAUGGACCAGGUGGCGCUGUUGCGCAUGUCGUGGAGCGAGCUCUUCGUCCUGAACGCCGCCCAGUGCUCCAUGCCGCUCCACGUGGCGCCCCUGCUGGCGGCCGCGGGCCUGCACGCCUCGCCCAUGUCGGCGGAGCGCGUGGUGGCCUUCAUGGACCACAUCCGGGUCUUCCAGGAGCAGGUGGAGAAGCUGAAGGCCCUCCAGGUGGACACGGCCGAGUACUCCUGCCUCAAGUCCAUCGUGCUCUUCACGUCCGAUGCCAUGGGUCUGUCAGACGUCACCCACGUGGAGAGCAUCCAGGAGAAGUCCCAGUGCGCCCUGGAGGAGUACGUGAGGAACCAGUACCCCAGCCAGCCCAACCGCUUCGGCCGCCUGCUCCUCCGCCUGCCCUCCCUGCGCAUCGUGUCCUCGCCGGUCAUCGAGCAGCUGUUCUUCGUCCGCCUGGUGGGCAAGACGCCCAUCGAGACGCUGCUGCGCGACAUGCUGCUGUCGGGCUCCAGCUACAACUGGCCCUACAUGCCCACCGUGCAGCGCGACCGGCCCAUCUCCCUCCACUACAACGAAAACGGGCCCUGAGGGUCGGCCGAGACCACGGCGACGAAGAGGAGGAGGAGAAUAUGCACGAGGCUGAACGUCCGUCUCACUUCUCACCCCCCCACCCCACCCAUUAUUCACUUCAACUCCUCCCUCGCUCAUUCCCAGCUCAACACCCCCCCCUC